GUUAUUUGGGCGCCGACGCGAAUGUACAUUUCUUUCUACAUCCCUCUUGCUCCAAUGAUGAUGAGCAUGAGAACUUGUUGUAUUAAGAAGAUCGGGAAUCAGCAAAGCAAACUGCGACUUGUUUUCAUUGCCAAACUUGCCAAACUCAUGGUUUAAGAGUCCAAGUUCAUGUGGCAAAAAACUUAUUGAGUCCAUCAUUUUCAAUAAGAAGAAGCAAUCAGCAAUCACUAUAUUGACCACCACCUGCAGCUCUUUCUUUAUACUGCGAUGUGGGAUCAAGCCAAAUGUGCGUGUGGGUUCGUGAUAAUGCAAUUAGUAAGGUGCAUGGAAAUCGGGAACUUUUGGGCCGGGUGACUACCUAAUAUCACAAAUGACAAAUAAGAUAACUAUUAUUGUGUAGCCAAAAAGGAAGUCAAAUCAAAUAAUUAGUGAUGUCAAUAAGAACUAAGAAAUUCAAACAACGCAUUUGAGUUGAAAUUCCAGCGAGCAAAAAUAAACUUAAAAAGUGGAGACAACGUACACUGUGUAAAAUAAGGAAGGAUACUUUCUUUCCGUAAUCAUGAAUGACUGAUCAAAGCGCUUUAAUGAAGGUUAAAGAUGGACACUGAAGAUCCAUUGUACUUUCAACAUGAAUAUGAAACGAAAAGUUCAAGAAUUAAGUCCAGAGCAAGUAACAAUAUUGCUCCCGGUGGUGGUGCCAACGUUCGAAGGAACAGUUUUCAGCGUCGCCGUGCUGAGGGGGACGGCCGUCAGUCACUGGGUUCACCCCCCUCGUAUUUCGGUGAGGAUGAAAGUCCUCGGUUUAGGACAGCAACCGCAAUGUCCGAACAGCAGAAAAAUAAUCGAACAAUCCCAGAACGUGUCGCUCAAUUUUACUAUUCACUUGGUCUCUUUUGCUCAUCUCACUCAUAUGUAAUCCUAACCUUGGCAACGCUGGUGGUUUUCAUUUCUUGCUACCCGUUAUUCAGCCUUCCAUUUCUUGGAAAUAAACCAAAGGAGUUUGUGACUCCCUAUGUAAAUUAUACUGAACCCCCAGUUAACGGAUUUGAUGGAGAAUGGCCGCGAUGGUACCGGGGUCAUCCAGCAGCUUUUAUUCAACAAGUGAUUGUCAAGUCUGCUAUCACGCCAUGGUCGAAUGAGCUGCUUCUCACGGAUGCAUUCAGAGGACCCUUGGCUGAAGUUUUUUAUAUUAUAGAUCUGAUGAAGCAGUUUCAAUUGGACAAUAAGAGUGUUCCAUUUUCUCAAUUAUGCUUUUCCAUAGGGGAAGUCAAGUCUAGAGUGCUCAAAGGGAAAGUAGCAAUGCUACCUGAAUAUGGAUGCUUAAUGGUCUCUCCGGGCGAUUUUUGGAAAAAUUCACUAGAAAAGUUUCGAGGAGAUCCCGACGUAUUGGCCACCAUAUUAAAUUAUCAAAGUCAUCAAAAGGGACGAAGUGGACUGGCGGAAAUCCUCUUGGGAAUGAGUGUACGCGAUACUGGGUUCAAAAGAUUCCCUUUAAAAAAUCGUGCAAGGGUUGUAUCUUACGCCAUUACAUUUGUACUUCAAACUUUCGAGCCAAGAUACGUCGACGGAUUGCGGAGAGAGCUAACUCGCGUUUAUCCUCCUCAUAGGCCCACUGAAUUGAAUUCGUCUAAAACACAUGAAGAUCACAAGAUGGAAAUUGAUGAUUUAAAUAUGAUUCAUGUGUUCUACCCCUCACAAUCCUCAAUUUUUGAACUCUUUCCACUGAUUGUAACCUACUUCGCCAUGUUUAUUUACGUAUACUUCUCUGUCAAGAAGAUUGACAUCAUCACAUCGAAAUUAGGAAUGUCUAUCAGUGCCUUGGCUACAGUGAUAGCAUCAUUGUGUAUGUCUGUAGGAUUGUGCAGUCAUUUUGGAAUGACAUUUGAAGUUAAUGCCAAAGCAAUAUAUCCGUAUCUAGUAGUAAUUAUUGGACUUGAAAAUAUACUAGUGUUGACACGUUCUGUGGUUUCAACUGCAAAAAACUUGGACGUUAAAAUUCGGGUUGCUCAAGGCCUUAGCAAAGAGGGUUGGGGUAUAACAAAAAAUUUGUUGACAGAAAUUACCAUCUUAACGAUUGGAUUUUUCACGUUUAUUCCAGUGGUUCAAGAGUUUUGCAUUCUAGCUAUAGUGGGACUACUUUCUGACUUUUUUCUGCAAACUUUCUUCUUUGCUACAGUGUUAUCUGUCGAUAUCCAUCGACAAAAGUUUUCUGCAGAUUCAACUCGAGACAUGCGAUACGUGUACCCACCUUUACGAACUCCCAUCCAUCCCUCGGAGGUUUCUAGUAGUAUGCACCGAGUAAAAUCCAAUCCACAAAUUACAACAGAUCAAAAUGGAAGCCUCAAGAAAUCUCAGAGUGGUAUCUCAAUUGUUGCUCCAUCACACAAUACUCCAAUUCUUGUCAAGAUACCCAAGCGCUUACAACUUGUAUAUUUCUGGGCACGAACUAGAUUUUUUCAGAGAAGUUUCACAAUAUUCAUGAUUGGAUGGAUAUCCAUAAUUAUCUACGAAUCAGGAAUCGUAGCUCGAUAUUCGAAAUUUGGAGUGCACGAGCCAGACGAUGUCGCAAUUCCACUGCAUCAAGCUGGACCUAUUCAUUCAUCAGCAGCUCCACUCAGUUUCCUUCGCUCUUCUAAUGACAAGUACUCAAAGCCUUUAGGGUUUGCUAAAGGAGGCCAACCUUUACAAAAUAAAACUCUGGAUGGACAAAACAACAAGCUCCUCAGGGACCUUUAUUCUCAUAACCCUUAUAUUUGGAGAAGAUUGACUCCAUAUCACUGGCAAGUUUUAUUUGGGGUUUACAACAUCUCCCUGACCGGCAGAUAUAUAUCAAUAUUACCAUCCAUAUGCAUCUCCGCUCCACUCCAACCCAAAGCUGCCGCUUCUCAAAGACAUCCACUAGAGUUCCAGAACGCCAAACGUUUCAAUUGGCAAGCCUUGAGUGCUGCCUUUGACGCGAUAGACAUGGGAGAUGAAUAUGACACAAAUCCAACCACAUCUCCUGUUGGACGACACUUGAAAACAGGAAUACUUAACGACGAUGACGAUCCUUAUAUUCCGUCAUCCCCUGUCGAAUUGGCGUUGACCGUGUUGCUCGCAAUACCCAGCCUAAUUUUCAUUGGAUAUCUCGUGGUGGUUCUAUAUCGUUGCAUAUGCUCGAGGAACUAUGCAGAAUGGAGAUCAAGCUGGACGAAAGCUAAUGAGACUGCUCAGGAUCAUUACACACAAGUUGUAUUUGAAGCGGUGCCACUAGUACUGGAUGGGCAUCUCCAAGAUGUAGAGUGCAUUGCAACUGAUGGGACUACAAUUGCGUCUGUAUGCCUCAGUGGUACCCUGAAAGUCUGGCAUGUAAACAACGGAGAUAAUAUUGUAACUGUGGAUAGACAAAGGUAUUUUGAGAAAUGUAAUGAUAAAGAAGACAGCUAUUGCACCUGGGUUCCUUCUGAUGCGGAAUCUCCGGUUUGUUCUCCCUCUGAAGAAAACCUCCUAUGCACAGUAGCGGAACAAUUGGAGACUACUACGUCAAACAGAAUUUCCAAAGUAUCGGAACAUUCGGAUUUCAAUAGACAUCAUCUUCAGGAUUCCACUACAUCCUCCAAUAAUAGUCGUGGAAUACCAAUUCCAAAAUCCCUUCGCCUAAAACAUAGCAAUUCUAAUCCUUCUUCAGCUAAUUGUUCAACUUCGCCCAACUCUAGAUCUGAGUAUUUGCACACAAAAAUGAUUCCAGAAGUUAAGAAAGUACUUAAAACUAGGACCAGUAGCAACCCUGAUUCGUUUCUGACAGAUUCUGAUCCUUGCUUCGCUAACUUUUCUGAAGAAUAUUCCAGAAACAUUAAUGACAGCCAUAACUCACUGUCUGAAUCUGCAUUGAUUGACGAUGUUUCGGCUGUAUGGUGCAUGGAUUGUCAAGAAAAUCUGAUUUUCUUAGGUACUGGCUCCGGUCGGUUAGAAAUAUGGAAUGCAAUGAGUGGAUCAUUGAAGUGCAUAUAUGCAGACGGUAGUCCUGCUGGGAUUGUAUGCAUUAAGGUAGUAGGAAGCAGGGCACUUUUAGCCAGAUUGAGUGGUUGUUUGGAUUUCUUGGAGCUUGAAUCGUCUUAUGGUGGGCAACCCACAGAGAGUCCUUCUCCCUACCACAUGUGGAAUUCAGAGAGUGAUGCCAUUUCUGGUGACGCAGGAGGUCGCACGGCUACUUUCUCCAUUGACGUCGAAAAUGAAAUUCGUUGUAUGUGGCUAACGACUCAGAAAGCGCACCAGCAACCGAUUACGUGUUUGGAUUGCGAAGGUGGAAGAAUUCUCACUGGGAGUCAAGAUCACACUUUGAAGGUGUUUAGAAUAGAGGAUCAUGUGCUUCUUUAUACUCUCCAUGGUCAUUAUGGUCCCAUCACGUGUUCAUUUAUUGACAGAUUUUCUCCAAUGACGUCAGGAAGUGGAAGUGGUAGUCACGAUGGUAUGCUAUGUGUUUGGGAUUUACUGACAGGAAUGUGCAUGUACUCCAUCCAAGCUCAUGACGGUCCUAUCAGUGCUAUUACGUACUCAGCUAGCUAUAUCAUCAGUGUCGGAGGGGAUGACAAAAUAUGCGUGUGGGAACGAUUUCAAGGACAUUUACUUAAUACAAUACAACUGGACCAUGCAUAUUGUUCCAGUUUGGUUAUGUUGACACAAAAUCUACUUAUUACAAGCAAACAGGGGUCUUUAAUUGUUUGGGAUGUCCGAAGUGGGCAGCCGGUGAGGGCAGUGAGACUGGGACACCGAGACAAUGCAGUUUUCGUUCGUCAAAUUAUCGCUUGUGCAGAUGCAGUUUUAUGUGAUUAUGGGUCUCAGUUGCGUCUUGUACGCUUCCCAAGUGUUGUUAGUAAAUAUGACUAGUGAAAAUAAUAAUAAUCAAUCGACAUAGUACUAUUUUUCAAAUAUAUGCAUAGCUUUAAAUAGGUGUUCAACGAUUGUUGCCGACGAAAUAAGUGCCUUUACCUUCCUAAUCGGUCAAGUACAAAUUAGUCGCUUACAUGCAUAUGAUGAAAGUGCUGGUAAAAUCCUUUGUAACGACUCAAUUCCAAUUACCUUUCACAAAUACAACUGAUGAAUUGAAUGUGAUCUGUUGUGCUUAACUCGGCCUGUUUGAGGCUUUAGAUGUCUAUUUUGUGAAAAACGUAUAUAUAUAUUGUUGAUGAUGUUCCUCCCUCUAUGUGUCUAUAGGUUGAUAAAUUCAAUAAAGAAUUCAUUUGAUCUCGAGAA